CCAAGCGCUACCCGGGGGCAAUAACUACAAAAUAGUGUCCGAUCCGCUCAAGUCUGCACCGUUCUCCAACUUUCUCCCCUGCUGGAGGCUAUCUGGAAUCUGCUGCCUGCUCUCGGCCAUAGCUGCCAAACUGGUGUCACCCUAGAAGCGACUCCCUUGCCAUAGUGGCGCUGAGCCUUGGGGUGACCCAGUAAUAUAGUAGCUUCUCGCACAGCUCAUAGGAAAACAUGACUUCCUUUCCGGGAGGAUUAAGGAACGCAAUGGCGGGUGGAGGCAUGUUACAGUUCCAGGAGGCCAUCCGAGAGGAGCUGGAAGAAGCCAUGAAGUCAGACUUGGAAAAAAUUCUUUCCACGGCCCCUGAAUCAGAAUUAGAGCACAUAAAGAAAGACCUUGCUGGUUUUCAGAAAUUAUUCCACAGAUUUCUACAGGAAAAAGGUCCAUCAGUGGACUGGGGAAAGAUCCAGAGACCUCCAGAGGAUUCUAUUCAGCCAUACGAGAAGAUAAAGGCAAAAGGCCUUCCAGAUAACAUAGCUUCGGUCCUGAACAAGCUGGUUGUGGUAAAGCUUAAUGGCGGUUUGGGUACAAGCAUGGGCUGCAAAGGUCCCAAAAGCCUGAUUGGCGUUCGUAAUGAGAAUACUUUCCUAGAUCUUACUGUGAAGCAAAUAGAGCACUUGAAUACAGUAUACAACACAGAUGUUCCCCUUGUCCUGAUGAACUCUUUCAACACAGAUGAAGAUACCAAGAAGAUCCUACAGAAGUACAGUCACUGUCGAGUGAAGAUUCAUACUUUUAAUCAGAGCAGGUACCCAAGGAUAAGUAAGGAGUCACUAUUGCCCAUUGCCAAAGACUUGUCCUAUUCUGUGGAAAAUGCUGAGACGUGGUACCCCCCUGGUCAUGGUGAUAUCUAUGCCAGCUUUUAUAAUUCCGGCCUCCUAGACAGGCUCAUAGGGGAAGGGAAGGAGUACAUCUUUGUUUCCAACAUUGACAAUCUUGGGGCCACAGUGGACCUAUAUAUCCUUAAUCAUCUCAUGAAUCCACCAAAUGGCAAGAAAUGUGAAUUUGUCAUGGAGGUGACUGACAAAACGAGGGCUGAUGUCAAGGGUGGGACCCUCACUCAGUGCGAAGGGAAACUGAGGCUGGUGGAAAUUGCCCAAGUGCCAAGAGCCCAUGUAGAUGAGUUUAAAUCUGUCUCCAAGUUUAAGAUCUUUAACACAAAUAAUUUGUGGAUUUCCUUAUCUGCAAUCAAGAGGCUGCAAGAAGCCAAUGCCAUAGAUAUGGAAAUCAUUGUUAAUCCCAAGACGUUGGAUGGAGGAUUAAAUGUUAUUCAGCUGGAGACGGCUGUUGGAGCAGCUAUUAAAAGUUUUGAAAAUUCUUUGGGUAUCAAUGUUCCUCGAAGCCGUUUCCUUCCUGUCAAGACCACGUCAGACCUUCUGCUUGUCAUGUCCAACCUGUACAGCCUUCAUGCCGGCUCCCUGACCAUGAGCGAGAAGCGUGAGUUCCCCACCGUCCCACUCACCAAACUGGGAAGCUCCUUCACAAAGGUACAAGACUAUUUGAAGAGAUUUGAAAGUAUUCCGGAUAUGCUGGAACUGGAUCACCUCACCGUGUCCGGAGAUGUCACGUUUGGGAAGAAUGUGGUACUGAAGGGUACUGUGAUUAUAAUUGCAAACCACGGAGAUAGAAUCGACAUACCUCCCGGGGCAGUAUUAGAAAACAAGAUUGUGUCUGGAAACCUGCGGAUCCUGGAUCACUGAGCUCACAACAUUUUUUAUGGAUCAUGUACAGUAUAGGCAAGCGUUCCAUACAGGGAUUGCUGGCACGUAGAUCUCUAGUUUGUAAUCCCGACUCCCGCUGUACCUCACAGUAUUCUCCUAUGUGUGCGAUAGUCUUUAUUUAAUUACAGAAUGAUAAAGCCCUUGUUAUUUGGAAGCAAUACCUAAACACAUAGUAUAUACAGAAAUCUAUUCAUGUGCAAGAAAACUUCAAGUGCAAUAUUGUCCUCUACUGUGAAGUAAAUAAAAGGACAAACAGA